CGUGACAUCUUAUAUAAUAACCCGAGCUAAUCAAAACGGAAGCGACGCGCGCUGCCGGGGCCCGACUCCCGGCCUCCACUGGAUGCUCGCGCCCCGAGCCCACAGCCCCCCAACUAGGCGCCGGGGCGCGCCGCUCCGGGCGGGGGGAAGGGCCCGAGCGCCGCCUCGGCUCGUCCGUCCUCAGAGAAGGCGCUGCCGCUGCCGGUCCCCGUCAGGAAGCCGCGAGCGUCACAAACUGCGUCAGCUUCUCCAAACACGUUUCACGGGCUCCCUCCAGCCGGGGAGCCAGCCGCUCCGGCGGCCGGGCCGCGGCCGGGGCUGGCAGGAGCCCCUCCGGGGAGGAGAAAGUUCCUCGGGGCCCUCCCCUCGCCCGCCGCGCUUCCAGCCCCUCUCGGCGCGACGCCCGCCCCGCCGCGCAGCCCGCCGGCCCGCCCCGAUGGCAGGGGAACUCACUGAGAUCAAGAAAAAGCCUUCCUUGAAUCAAGUAUCCAAUCCUUCAAUGAAAUUGUGAUGUUAGAGAAUCUUCUUUGUCCCUCCACCUUUCCUUUCUGAGUCUCUGGUCCUGCUUUUCAAAACUCGCCCCAGCUCCGUGACCUUCAUGCAGCCCACCCUCUGGACUGUAAGCAUCUUGAGGCAAUGAACCACAGUCUACUAACCUUUUCACCUCUGGAAAGUAGCUCGGGACCUGGGCACAACAGGAGCCCACACAUCGUUGAACUGACUGAUGUGAGCAAUGCCACACAUAUCAAAAGGAUCCCUGUGACAAAGUGAGAGACUGGCAUGGACAUAUAUACAUUACCAAACGUAAAAUAGAUAGCUAGUGGG